AUGAAUCAACAGCGAUUCUCAAUUUCUUGUGUUAAUGAUCGUCCAAGAAAUUUACUUUAUGCAACAACAAACAAUCAUUUUCCAACUUCUCAACAACCGCUUACAUUUGCAUUUAACAAAGCUAAUUUUCCAGAAAAAUUUCAACAGAACGUGCACGAUAAUUCCUCAAUAAAUUCACAACGUGUAAUCACUUGUAACAAUAUUUCACGUUCCAUACCUGUUGUACGACCACGUAUUGAAACUGCGCAUUCGUAUCACCCGAGGAAUUUUUCUCGUGAAGAAAGAAGCAAUUUUCUUAAUCAUCAAACAAAAAAACCAUUAAAUCAUAAUCAGCAAUUCUAUUCAGUGGAAGAACAUCACGACGAUUUCAGUCUUCGUGCACCAAACGAUUCAGCAGAUUAUCAUCAUCUAAGCAUUGCUAUUCCUGAUAAUCAUUUUAACGAGCAAAUAAAAAAUUCAAGGCUUGCUGAAGAAAUUUAUCAAGCUGACGAUAGACGAAUUGAACGUUUAACGUAUCGUCCAAUUGGAAGUCAACAUACGCACGUGAAAUAUCCCAUUGUUGAAUUAUCAAUACCAAAAGAAAAGGAUGCAUCUAAUGCAGAUGCAUUAACUGACGUUCCAUACAUCGAUCAAGACAAUAAUUGGAAUUAUUUGUCACGAAACGAUUUAAAAUUAAAUAAAACAAAUAUUUCGUCACCGCAUGGUGCAACUUCACUGAUCGCUGCUAAAUACAAUCAUUCAUUUGGUGGUGGAGAACAGACAGGAAAGGAUAAUAUUCAAAGUACGUCAAAAUUUUCUUCAGCACCUCUCGUUGAUUACUCCAGUUUAGACGCAUUUCUGGACGAAUCAUUAUUACAGGAAAAAGGAAACAUGUCAAAAUCAACAAAGGAAUGGCGAUCAUCAUUUUCAACGAUGCGAAAUCGUUUUGGUAACAUUGAACUGUCAUCGGAUGAGACAAUAUCAAACAAUUAUAAUUUUACUACAAAUGGUUCGAUGACUUCACCGAAAAGAACGCUUGCAAAAUCAGCAAGUCAAGGGGAUCUUACAGUUAACGAACAUUUGGAUUCUAAUAAUGGAAGACGACAGUCACUUCUUGCUAGUGCAGUUGAACGACGUCGUGCUUCCGAAGCGCCCGAACUACAACGUCCAACAUCACGUCGAGAAUUGGGUGAUUUUUGGACUGCAAUUAUCAAAAAUCAUUCAGCAGCGUCACGUAACUCAUUACCGCUAACAGCUGCUCAACGUAUGGAAUUAUUGAGCGAAUCGAUUAGUGAAGGUAGCACAAGUCGAUCAGGUCGACGAUUUUCCGGCGAUAAUUUAGCAAAACGAAAAGCAAAUUUUUUAGAAGCGAUCAAAAGUUCAUCACCAAUAACAGAUCGUGCUAUUAGCAGAAAAUCAAUUAUCAUUCCUUCAAUUAAUAUAGAAAUCAAAAAAAAUAACAUCAAUGGAGAUAUUACUGAGCCAAACUUUGCAUCGUUGGAUAGUGCUGUAGCAGAGCUUAAUAAUAGCGAUUAUGCGCUUAAUCGCAGUAGCGGAUGUGCUAAAUUUCCGCUUGAUGAUCUGUCCACAUCCAGUCCAAUUGGUAAAAGAGAAUCAUUGACAUCAUUAAUGAAUGGUACAUUACUAAUGCACAGUCCAAGCCCUGAGGCUACAAGUGAUGCAAGUUCGAGUUAUAAUACUCCUAGUGGAUUGCCACAUCCAAAACCCAGACAUAACAUACGUGAACAGUUAAUACAAGCUGGAUUUGAACCACGUGGAACAGCAAUCUAUGUGAAUCGUAGUGGCGUACGUUUUGGAAGUGCGCCAAAUUUCCCGAUACCUUCAAAUGGUAGCGUUGCAUCACGUAUAUCCGAAUUUGAGAAAAAACCGGGUGCACCGAAUUUAUUACGAAUUGCUGGUGCAUUGAAUAGUGGAGAACGGCAGAGAAAUGAGGCCUCACCCAUUAGAUCACCAUUAGGACCAAUGUCACCCCGAUCGUCAGUAUAUCGUACCAAGCCAGUAAUUCACGCUGAUAUAGGUGGUACAUCGUUACGUAUAAUUCAACCAUCAACCGAUAUGGAAUCGAUCUUUGAGUUUCCACAAUCCAAACAACUCAUCGAAGCUAAGGAAGAAAUUCCAUAUCAGAAUAUUGAAAAUACUCCGACAACAGCAACAACAACUGCAGAAAUAGAAAAAACAGAUGAUCAGCUAACUACCCUAGAAUUGCAAGAAGCCAAGAACUUUGUCCUUCAGUCACCGAUGAAGUCUUCCAAAAUUAAAAACAGAACAAGUGAUCAAAAUGAAGAUUUAAAAUCGUAUCGUAGCAUUGCGGAACGACGUAUGGAAAAGAAAAAUGCAAUGACAAAAAUGAGCAUCGAUAAACCAUACAGUAAUAUCAGUACUGGAAAAACGUUGCAAAAUGGAGUCAAAUGGACCGGAACGGAGCCAGAAUGGCCUACAACUCCUCCUUUACCGAAAGUGGAAAUUGUUGAUGUUCCAAGAUUCUUUUUCCCAAAAGGAGUUCCCAUUUCGACAUGCGAGAAUGAAGCAGCAUUAAGACGAGUUAGCGAUGUAUUCAACGGUAUUGGAAAUAAGGUGGGAAUGAUUGAUAUGGCUGAAGUAUGCAGAGCGGCCGGUAUUCCAAUUUAUUGGAAACGAGCUGUUUAUGAUUCCUGCUGUAACAAUCUGUCGAGAUCAAUUACAUUUGCUAAUUUUGCUUCCUGGUGGAACAGGAUGACUGCAGUGGCACAUGAUGAAGCAGCUCGUUUUGUAUAUACUUUAGCUGGGCCUCAUCGGAAUUACUUAACCAAAGAAGAUUUAGUACCAAUCCUUAAAGAUCUCAUCGAAACUUUCCCAGGAUUGCAUUUUCUUCGUGAAGCUGAAGAAUUUCAUUCGAGAUAUGUUGAAACGGUAAUAGUAAGGAUAUUUUGGGCAGUCAAUCGAUCAUGGACUGGACGAAUUACAAUUAAUGAGUUGCGUCGUUCGAAUUUCUUAGAAACAGUCAGAAAAUUGGAAACAACGGAUGACAUCAAUGCGAUAACAAAUUACUUUAGCUACGAACAUUUCUAUGUAAUUUACUGCAAAUUUUAUGAAUUGGACAAAGAUCACGAUUUGAUUAUCAACAAAAUUGAUAUGUCGCAACAUUGCAACGGAGCACUUCCAUCACAAAUUAUCGAUAGGAUAUUUAGCGGAGCAGUGACGCGAUCACCAGCCGGAAAACGUAUCCCUGAAGCGCUUGAAACUAUCGGUUACACUGAUUUUGUAGCAUUUUUACUAGCUGAAGAAGAUAAAAGGCAUCCUACCAGCGUGGAAUACUGGUUUCGAUGCUUAGAUUUAGAUGGUGAUGGCUUAUUAUCAAUGUACGAAAUGGAAUACUUUUAUAACGGUAUUAGAAAUAAAAUGGAUCAACAUAAUAUCGAUUCUAUGCGUUUUGAUGAUGUAGUUUGUAAUCUAUUAGAUUUAAUACAACCGAGACAACCGAAUGCCAUUUCAUUAUCGGAUCUAAAAAAGUGCCCUUUAUGUACCAGAUUUUUCAAUACAUUUAUUAAUUGGGUUAAAUACUAUGAACAGGAAGCUAGUGAAGGAGAACGAGCUACAGUGACUGAUGGUGAAGAGGAAUUGAACGAUUGGGAUAGGUAUUGCUUGGAGGAAUAUGAAGCGCUAAUGGCAGAUGAUCAAGAUAAUGAUGAGCUCGAAGAUAUUAAUUUAAAUUUGGAUGAUGAUGAUGACCUGCUGGUUGGUAGCAAUGUUAACACGACGGUCAAUUUGUCAUUGCGCGAUUUUUGCGAUUCUCAGCGAACAAAAAUUUUAGAAGCAAUAUGA